CUCUCUCUCUCUCUCUCUGUCUCUCUCUCUGUGUCUGUCUCUCACACAAACCAAAGAAGAAAAAGACGAAGACUCUCCUCUGCUUCUGGAUCAGUGAGCUUCUUUAUACAGAGUGUGUGUGAGUCAGUGUUACCUCCCUCUCUCUCUCUCUCUCCCCAGCUUCACUCCUAGACCAGUCGGUCAAGUCGUCGCGUGGCGCCGGUGCAUAGGCUUGAGAGGUGCACGGUGUGAAGAGUGUUGGAAUGCGACAGGAUUAUCAUCUGACCUUAACCCAGAGGAGGCGAAACCAGACCAGACCGUCAGAUCCCACGUUUUUCUGAUCCCUGCCGCACUACCAUGCCUGUGAGGCUACAAUGUCUACGCUGAAGCACGUUAUUCUGCAGGGCAAAGACGAGGACGUCGAGAAGACGCUGAACUGGAGUUACAUCGAAUGGGCCGAGAAUGAAGUUGUGGCCCCAGGUGUCGCAAACGCACAGACUCAAACGGACUGGGGGCCCUUGCAGCACAAGGAGAGCCAGACCAGCAACCCAGUCAUUAUGCACAUAGAUCUCACACGGACACACUCCAAGCUGAGACUUUCGUCUCUGGUGGACAGUGACAGUUUGGUAGCACCUUUGUUCCAGUUUGACCGGCAGGCCCCCGCACGCAUCUCCACCUCUCCCACUUUGAGGAGGAUGAGGAGCACCCGGCGUCCUCUGAUAGACUCUCGGGACCCUGUGAGGAUGGGGAGCACAGAGGAGGAGUCCCCCUCUGCCAGCACGCCAUCCCCAGCACACAGAGCCAAAUCUCCUCUUGCGGCAGGGCCCCUCUCUGAUGGCGAGAUCUGUCACGAUCACCAGGCCAUUUCAUCCUCAGGCCGACAGAGAACCAGAUCACAUAGAUCAAAGACGUUUGACAAUGGUUUCACUUCCGUGAGACCAGAAUGUCACAGUGCUCAUCCUACUCUUGCGAAAGGCUUUGGAUUUCCAGAUGGGGAGGUACAGGAGAAAGACCACUGCUGUUCUCGGCUCCAGGAAAGAAGACGGAGUUCUGUGGUGGUCAGUUUGCCUGGAUUGGAUGUUUCCCCCGGAGACCUUUUUGUAUCUAAUGGAGCAGCUGGAAUAUUAAGUGAUACUAAGAAGUCGAAGUGGCUGUUCUCGAGACGUAGCACGACUAAAGGGAAGUCGCAGACAGGCAUGGUGUCAGACAUUGAAAAAUAUCUCUCCGCAGCACAGAUUCAAGACUGGAGAAACUCUGAGCUUCAGAAGUAUAAGGACUACACUGUGGGGGAGUUCCUGCAGGACCAGUCUUCCCAGGUGAACACCACCUCUUAUCCUCAGGGCUUCAAGAGAGAAGAGACCAUAUGGGAGCUCUUCACUAGCGAGUGUGUCUACUUCCUGGAUCAGCUCAUGGUGCUCAAAGAGGUGUUUUUGGCUACGCUCACAAACCUGCAGAUGAGGAACUCCCUGACUGACGUCGACACCUGGAGACUGUUUGCAAACCUCAACGAGCUCUGCCUGGUGAGCUUUGGUUUCCUGAACAACCUCCUCCGCGCAAUUAAGAACACGUUGGAGAGUACAGAGAGCGGCGGGUCCACCCUGCUGGAGCUGCUGAGCAAGGCUUUCCAGGAGAGCGUAUGUCACAGUCUGCAGAAGUACUGCCUGAACUACUCCACGGCUCUGCUUUAUCUGGACAGUCUGAAGCCCCGAGAGGACUUUGGAUUCUACGUGAAGUGGUGUGAGAGGAACGAGCAGUGCCGGAGGCUGCAGCUGCGCGACCUGUUGGUGGCGCCGCUGCAGAGGCUGACUCGAUACCCACUGCUGCUGCGGAAUAUUGCGAAGAGGUGUGAGACGGAGGACGAGACCAGAGGCCUGCAGGCCAUAGCAGAGCAAGUGGACACGUCCAUAUGUGAUUUAGAGGGAAAGGUGAAAUGGCUGGAUAACUACCAGAAGGUGAAACAGCUGCGAGACGCCCUGGUGUGGCUGCCUGUGUGGGAGAGAGACAAGCGCUCCUUCAUCCCUGAGAAUCUGAAACAUCUCCUGAAGACCGUCACUCUGGAGAAUCUCAUUUCUCACAGAAGUCUGCUGCACGAAGGGAAACUGGUGCUCACAGAGAACACAAAGCUGAUCGAUGUUUACCUGUUCCUGUUUGAUGAGUUCCUGCUCAUCACAAAGAUGAAGAGAAACAAGAAGAGGGCGAUGGGUCCGGACCAGAAUCCUCUGAGGCUGCCGCAGAACCUGGAGCUGGAUCAGCUGCUGAAGGAGGGAUGCACCUUCACCGUUCUCGACCAGCCCGUCUCCCUGGACCGACUCCAGCUCAAGAACAUCGAUCAGCUAAAUGCAUCAUCAUCGGGGCUGCCUCAUUCCUUCAUAAUCAUGCACCAGAACCGCUACCAGCAGUGCAUCGGCGCGUUCAUCCUGCAAGCUGCGUCAGAAUCUGCCAAGAAAGAGUGGAUGUCAAAGAUAGAGGGCGCUGUGAUGGCGCUGCUGAAGCUGGACUCUCAGCAGCCGCGAGUCAAGAGCUCCUCACUGUGGCUGGAGUCUUCUCAGAUCUGAGCGUUCCAACUCUGCAGCAUCUCUACUGUCAACUGUGCACUUCACUGACCCCUGGACUCUUGUAAACGACUGUAGCUACACUAGGAUCAUUUUGUACUAAACUUAACGUCUGCCUUUAAAGGCAGCAGCUGCAGUAGUGUACAAUAAAUACUUGAAGUUGGGUAAA